CACGUUCGCUUUCAUCGAGACCAGACGACGUUUUCCAUUCAUUCAUUUCGGUAAAAGUCAUCACCCAGCAAAGAAGGCUGCUGCGUGGCCUGUUUUUAGCUACCAGGGAAAAAUUGCAUUUUUCUGCGGGGAAAAUUCGUAGUGAUUCGCAUCGAAUUGUGGAAAAUUAGUGCUGUAAGUUAUCGUGAAGUGAAGGAGUUCGAAUCCGGUGGACUUUUAUCGAGGGUGCAGUGGAAAUCUACUCGCCGAAAACGAGGUUGGAGUUUCUACGGGAAUAAAAAGAAGACCUAACCCAAGGGCAGCAAAAUGGGCAUCAAAUUCCUGGAAAUCAUCAAACCCUUCUGCAGUAUCCUACCGGAGAUUGCCAAACCGGAGCGGAAGAUCCAAUUCCGGGAGAAAGUGCUAUGGACGGCGAUUACGUUGUUCAUCUUUCUGGUGUGCUGUCAGAUUCCGCUUUUCGGAAUCAUGAGCUCGGAUUCGGCCGAUCCCUUCUACUGGAUUCGUGUCAUUUUGGCCUCGAACAGGGGUACCCUGAUGGAGCUGGGUAUUUCCCCCAUUGUGACGUCCGGACUGAUUAUGCAGCUGUUGGCCGGAGCGAAGAUUAUCGAAGUCGGUGACACCCCGAAGGACCGGGCUCUGUUCAACGGGGCGCAAAAACUGUUUGGAAUGGUCAUCACGAUUGGGCAGGCCAUUGUCUACGUCAUGACCGGAAUGUACGGCGAUCCAGCGGAAAUCGGAGCCGGUGUAUGUCUGCUGAUCAUUAUUCAGCUGUUCGUGGCCGGAUUGAUUGUCUUGCUGUUGGACGAGCUGCUCCAGAAGGGUUACGGAUUGGGUUCCGGUAUUUCGCUGUUCAUUGCCACCAACAUUUGCGAGACCAUUGUGUGGAAGGCUUUCUCGCCGGCCACGGUCAACACCGGACGGGGAACGGAAUUCGAAGGGGCGGUCAUUGCUCUGUUCCACCUUCUGGCCACUCGACAGGACAAGGUCCGAGGACUGCGCGAAGCUUUCUACCGUCAAAAUCUGCCCAACUUGAUGAAUCUGUUGGCGACGGUUUUGGUCUUUGCGGUGGUAAUAUACUUCCAGGGCUUCCGGGUGGAUCUGCCAAUCAAGUCGACCCGCUAUCGCGGCCAAUACAGCAGCUACCCGAUCAAGCUGUUCUACACGAGCAACAUUCCCAUUAUUCUGCAGUCGGCGCUGGUUUCGAAUCUUUACGUCAUUUCACAGAUGUUGGCGGUAAAAUUCCACGGCAACCUGCUCGUCAAUCUGCUCGGAACGUGGGCCGACGUUAGCGGGGGUGGCCCCGCCCGUGCCUACCCCAUCGGAGGUCUCUGCUACUACCUCUCCCCACCGGAAAGCUUGUCGCACAUCCUGCAGGAUCCGAUCCACGCCCUGCUCUACAUCGUGUUCAUGCUCGGCAGUUGUGCAUUCUUCUCCAAGACCUGGAUCGACGUGUCCGGCAGUUCGGCCAAGGACGUCGCCAAGCAGCUCAAGGAACAGCAAAUGAUCAUGCGUGGUCAUCGCGAGAGCUCAAUGAUCCACGAACUGAACCGAUACAUCCCGACGGCGGCCGCUUUCGGAGGCCUGUGCAUCGGUGCCCUCUCGGUGACGGCUGAUUUCAUGGGAGCCAUCGGAUCCGGAACCGGUAUCCUGCUGGCCGUCACCAUCAUCUACCAGUACUUCGAGAUCUUCGUCAAGGAGCAGAGCGAAAUGGGCGGCAUGGGAACGUUGCUAUUCUAAGAAACCGUUUCGCAAUUCAAUCAUCCAAUCAUCACCACUCCGAACGUUGGAGGUCUCCUAUUUCUCCCUCGUUUCUCAUAGAACCACACAUAGUACUGUUUAACACGAGUAUGAGUACUAUCUUGUCCUAGUACUAGCAGAGGCAGUUUUAUUUUUUCUUCUUAGGACGUAAAUAUAUACAUUGAAAAAAUAGAAAAUAAAGAAAACCGAUAAAAAUCGAAAAAGAUACAUAAACUCUACAAAACGACCUUAUUAUUGAAACAAAAUUCGUUUGUAACAUUUAAGAAACGAAAAACUAAAGAGCAAUAAAUGGACGACACUGUCGAUUCAAGUCAGGAAGUCCGAUGCGAAAUCAUCGAAGACGAGUUGGGAAUGAAGCUAUUAGAAUAUUUUCCCAAUCUCGGUACACUAAUAUAUACCUUAUAAGGAGAGCAUUUUUUUUGUGUUAUGCGUUUAUGUUGUGAGAUGAAUAAAUUAACAACAAAAGUUUAGAAAAUUA